UGGAGCGCUUAGUAAUGGCAGCCAAUGUUACUGAAAUAUACAUCGACGAAUUGCAGAACUACAUGAGUGGAAAUUAUUUGUCAAAGGUGAUAAAGAUGAAGUCUAUCCUUGUUAAAAGCAAGAAUGCUUUUCAAACAGCUUAUAAACAAUUAAUUUCACAUUGUCAACAAGAUCCACCCAAAUUUCGAUUUAACACAACAUUGAAAGUUCCUGGAUACGAUGGUAAAGAUUCUGAUGUUCGUCUGCUAACUGUGUUUAAAGAAAUCGAAUUCAUUCACUCUAUACAACAGACCUUCUUUCGUUGCAAAUAUCAUAAAGUUAUCAAUCAACUGUCAAAGCUUCCAUUUCCUUGCCCUUUAUUUGACUUGUAAUUAAUAAAACUUGUUAUGUAACCGCAACAAUGGAACAUCUUUUAAUUUAGAUUUAGAUGGGGACUUCUAUUUUAUUUUAAAACUAAACCGAUUGCCCGAUAAGUGAAAUUUUUUCACCCAAUGUGAGUGAUAUUAAUGAAUGAACUUUCUAAAGUUUUUGUUAUCAUAUAUUUAUUUGGUCCACAAUGUACAUUCUAUUUUAUUUGCAAAAUGCUAAUAUAUUUAUACUGUUAUUAGAAAAUGUAUCCUAGUAUCUACAAAAAUAUGUGUAUUAUAACU